UUCCCUGAAAACGGAGGAAUAUUUACUUCCUGGGUCGUUUUGCGUUUGUGCAUUGUCAGGAAGAUGUAAGACUUACAAAAUGACAGCGAGAGAAGAAAUUGUCAAAAGAUGUGUUGUAGUACCAGGGGUACCAAGGACUAUUUCUGCUGAUCAUCUGGUGAAAAAUAUUUCCAUUCCUGAUGGCGGACAGGUUAUUUGCGGUGCAGUGGUGGAAGGGGCAGAAAGUGACACAAAUUUGCAACGUUGGAUUUUUCAGCUAAAUGACGUACUUUGUGCAACCAAACUCAAAGAAACUCAGCAUGUACAGAUUGAAGUUGAGGGUGAGAGUUUGUCCUUUGAGAUCGUGGAUGCAGUAGAGUGUGAUAUACCACUGCAAUGGACUCAGUCUAGGCCUGAAAUUCCAGAACGUCACCAUGGACCUAUUAACAUGGGACCCUAUAAUCCGCAAAUGAAUCCAGCAAAUUUUGGGGCAGUGUCAGGAUAUUACAUGAAUUAUCAACCACCUGGGCAUGAAGUUGUCGAUCAAGCAGGUCAACCCCCAGUGAGCCAAGCAGGAUUCCCUCACCAAGGUCCUCCAGGCGGACAUCCUGGAGAAGGUGGACAGGGACAGCCUCCACCCCCUGGAUUUACGCAGGCCCCAUUUGGUCAUCCAGGUCAGGCUAUGAGUUUUGGAUUCCCCCAUCCAGGUCAGAGACCUCCUGGGCCCGGUCAAGCACCUCCAAUGCCACAGAUAAUCUUUGACCAACAGGCCAGAAUGCCAAUGGUUUGGCAUCCAUACUAUGGACGCUAUGUUCCAGCACCCCCUAACAUGUUUCAACAAGCCCCACAAGGCCAGGGUCCUGCCCUAGAGCACCACAGUGACCCUCAACAAGCCGGAAGGGAACCACAGAUGCCUCAUGAUUUACAAGAUGGGCCACAGGGACCACCCCCGCCUUACAAUAGUGAGUCUGACCUGGCCCCAGAAACGCACCAUACAGAAGCAAAUGAAAACAUCAAAGCAGGUUUUGAACAAGACAGCAAGGCUAUAGCUGACCAGGAUACAUACAUGCAAAAAAUCCAGGGGAAAAUACAGGCAGAACAUGAGGGGGGGUUACAGUCAGGUGAAGAAGACAUUACAGCUAGUAAACAGUUUGAAGAGUCUGAACCAUCUUAUGAAACAGAGGAAAACUGUACAGCUGUUCUUCUAAGAAACAUUCCUAUAAAUGUCCAUGAAGAAUAUAUUGAACUGUUCUUCGAGAAUAAAAAGAACUUUUCUGAUGUGAAAGUCUCCAAAGUUGCAAUUAAUAGGCAGGAGAAAACAGCUGUUGUAGAAUUCGAGGACGAAGAAGCUUCACGUAUUGUGUUGGAAAAGGAAACUAUCAUUAUAAAGAAGACAAUGAUUGCAAUCGAGCCUUACAUACCGAGACCACCAACACCAGAAGUAACCAAAGAAGAUGCUGUAGAAGAUGAUGUAUUACCAAAAGUUGUUCUUAAGGAUUUACCUGACGAUGUUGAUCAGGAGGAAAUAGAGAUGGUCUUUCAGAGCAAGAAACGUGUUGGAGAUAUAGAACUGGUUGAGAUAGUGUAUAAUGAGGAAGACUCUUUAGCCAUUGUGACUCUUGGAAAUCAGGAUUCACUAGAUACUCUUCUCGAAAAAAGCCCAUUAAAGAUUUGUGGAAAAAUAAUUCAUGUUGAAGAAUAUGAGCUACCAAAUGAUAUGGAUACGGUUAACGAGCAGCCAAAGAUUUUUGUCACAGGGGUGCCUGAAGAUAUUGAUUUUGAUGACGUCGAAAUGGUCUUUGAAAAUAGGCGCAAAUUUGGUGAUACCAAACCCUUGAAGAUAGAUUAUAAUGAAGACGAACAGUCCAUAGUACUUACAUAUGAAAAUGAAUCGGCUGUUGACCACGUGCUCAGUAAAUGUCCACUUAAGAUACGGGGUGUAGUAGUUCAGCUUGAAAAACUCGAAGAGAAAGUACACGCAAAGGAAGAUAUUUCGGACGAUGAGAUGAGUGAACAUGUUGUAGAGUUUGAUGGUACGCAGACAAAGAUACUUGUGGAAGACAUUCCUGAAAGCAUUGACGUUGAGGCAUUGGAAAUGUACUUUGAAGCGAGGAAAUUAAAGUGCUGUGAGGUGAUUGAUGUUGAUCUUGAUGAGGAAGAUAGAAAUGCUGUGAUCGAAUUCGCUAAACCAAGCCACGUCGAAGCGGUCUUAAAACACUGCCCACAUCAUUUAAAAAGACAAAAGGUUUCUGUUCAGAUUUAUGUUCCAAAACGCUUAGACACAAUCAUUGUAAAGGGUCCACCAGACAUUGUGAAUGAGGACUGUUUAGACUCAUUGGAAAUGUACUUUGAUAACAAGAGGAAAUCUGGAGGCGGAGGUGUCGUUGAAGAGAGUUCUACGUUCAGUGCAGAGGAAAAUGCUGUAUAUUUAACAUUCGAGGAGGAGGAAGUUGCAAAAAGGGUUGUUAAUAGAGGAAAUCAUAAAGUACAUAAAAAAGAAAUUGAAGUUACCUUAUUCAAACCGAAACGCGCAACAAAAAGAUUGGUACUUCGAAGGCAAACGAGCAAUUUGGAUUCCAAAAGCAGUUCCGUAAAGCACACAGAAGUUGAACAAGAACCGGUUAAGACCAUACGUGUCCGUGGUAUGAAAAAGAUCAGCAGCCGGGAAUCGGUGAACUGGUAUUUUGAAAACAAGAAGAGGGCCGGAGGAGGGGAUAUCGAGAACAGAUACACGGAUGAGGAGGACGAUGAUAUAAUCUACAUCCGGUUUAAGGAGGAAGAAGUUGCAAACGCUGUAGCUGAGCGUGAACACCACACAGUGGAUGGAGUUGACCUUGCCGUAGCGCUGUAUACCCCACCCGUCCCUCCGCCUAGCUACUCAAACAAGAUACUGUUUAAAGGUCUGAACGAAAAAAUAACAGAAAGUGUAUUAGGACUUUUUCUCGAGGCUCGAGCUAACUGCAAUCUUGUAGAAGGAAGUCUUACCUACCAUGCAGAUAGUGAAACUACUGCUAUAGUUACAACAGAGCAGGACAUUGACCUUGAAAAAUUGGAACUGGCGUGCAACAAGCCUUUGGAAGGCUCUUACCUCAAAGUUGCCUGUGUUCCAAUAUCAAACUGCAUCCUCGUGUCCAACAUUUCCGACAGUGCUACAAAAGACAUGAUAGAGCUGUACUUUGAAAAUAACAAGAGGAGCAACGGUGGACCUGUUAGCAAAGUCGAGAUGUUCAAAAACCAAGGCUAUUGUUUGGUUUACUUCAAUGAUUACAAAACUGUGGAUUCUGUUUUGUGUAAGGAGCAAAAGUUGGCUGGAAAUACUGUUGAAGUUAAAAGAUACAUUCAAUGUAUUGCAAGAGCAGAAGGGGACUCGGUUAAUAGAAGGUUUCGAUUACCUGAGCCCAUUUCAAUAUCUGUGAGCCAGUUGAAAAAAAGAUUCACCCAAAGCUCACAGAUGGCUAAAACAGCUCUUGAAGCGCAGAUGAACAUGUGUCAUGCAACGAUUACCUGGUCUGAAGAAACCCCAUCGGUAGAGCUAUCAUGCUCAUUAACGACUGACGUCAAAGAUUGCAUUGCAUUAGCAUGUAACUGGAAGAAUCAAGCAGAACAAAAUUUCAACGAUUUUAUGGACAAGAUAUCUGAACAAAAUAUGCCUGUUAUGGAGGAGUUGUGGGAGAAAAUCACUCCAAAACUAGCUGAUGUUUCAUUAGAACAGCCGGAUGCUGCUGCAGUCUAUAUGGCCAAGAAAGAGGGGAAAAUAUCAGUUGUUGGCAUGAAACACGUUGCUGAUCCACUCAUUAGUGAGAUUGAAGCCAUUAUAAAAUCCACUUCAGAUGAGCUCUCAAAAGAAAAGCAGUUUACUAGGCAAACAAUAACAACAUUACGUCCAUUAGAAACAAGAAUGCUCCUUGCUGAUAAAUUUCCUAUUCAAUUAAAAGAGUCUUUUCCUGAAGUUGAAGUCAGAAUCAAUCAAGGCAAAAACGAAACCAUUAUCGAAGGAAUUUAUCAAGAUGUGAAUAAAGUGCUUCUAAAAAUGUACGAGUUAAAAGACCGCUUUUGCACAAAGGACUUUCAGUUCCCGACCCAAGUGUUAUGCCUUUACGACAAAGGCAAUAAAACGGUGAAGGACUACAUCGUGAAAAAAUUGAAAAACAGUCGCGUAGUGGCAGUGUGGGAAAAUACUGGAAACAAACUGAUUGUGAUGGCUGUAAACAAAGAAACACUUGAUACAGCUUCAAAGGUUGUUCGAGAAUCCGUGUUGAGUAAAACGGUUUUAUUAUCGGAAGCAAAUAUUUCUGUAUUACAGACUGACGCUUGGGUGGAAAAGAAGAGAGAGUUGACUGACAAAUAUAGGGAAAAGCUUGUUUUUGACACGAACGAUUUAGACAAACUUGUUAUUGGUACCACAGAUGAUAUUGCAAAUGAAGUCGUACAAAAUAUUCAGUCAUUUCUAAGAGCUCAUUCCAUCUUGAAGGACACUAUAAAAGUCCCCAAAAAUGUGUAUAAGUUGUUGAAAUUCAAUCAUGUGAAUGAUAUUCAUACAAUUGCAAGUUCUUUGCAAUCAGAGCAAGUCCGAAUAUUUUCAAAAGACGAUGCCCAUGUGAUUGAAAUAUCUGGUACAAAACAUGGAAUGGAGCAGGCGAAGUCUCUAGUUGAAACACUGUUGAGAAAGGUUAUCAAAACGCAGCAUCAAAUUAGAAAACCGGGUCUAAGAGAGUACAUGCAAACUGAAAAAGGAAUUGAAAUAACACGAUCUGUUGAAUCGACAUUGCCUUGUGUUAUAUCCAUGAAUGACGACAGUGAUGACGAUGAUGACAUGGGAAACGACAAAAUUUGUGUGAUUGCUAGCUGCACGGGUUAUGAAACUCGAAGAAUGUUUGCUGCCGUUGGUGAUAUGUCAGAAAUAAACGUCGACGUUAUUGUUAACCCUUCUGAUGACAAAAUAGGUUUAUCUGGAGGACUAGGAAGAAUCUUAAAAAUGAAAGGAGGACAAGCGCUUGAGCGGCCUUGUAGAGAUUACAUAGAAAACAACGGCCGAUUGAGCGAGGGCGAGGUUUUUGUAUCCCCGGCAGGAAAUCUGAAAGCGAAGUACGUGAUUCAUGUGAUAGGUCCCGUAUGGAAUGGCGGGACUAAUCAGGAGGAUGAUAAACUGACGGAGGUGGUGUUCAAGGCAAUGAAACAAGCAUCUUUGAAAAAUAUGAAGUCACUUGCAAUGCCUGCAAUAAGCUGUGGUGUUUAUGGAUUUCCUGUGAAGAAAGCGACUGGCAUCAUUGUAGCAGCCGUCAAGAACUUUUUCAGAGAAGAACAGGAUAGCUCUUUGACGGAGAUAUAUCUGUGUGAUAUGAAGGAUGACACAGUGGAUGCUUUCACUGAAGCUCUACAGAAGGAAUGGGGUGACCAGAAUGUGAAAAAACAUGCUAGUCAAAGACAGCGUCGGAAACCUGAGCCGAUUAGACCAAUGGGAAGCUCGGAGGAAGAAAGCGACUCUCGAGACAACCGUGCUAGAGGUCCGCCAUUACCGAACCGAAACCCUGGAGAAACGGUGAACGACGUACAAGUUGGAAAUAUCACAAUUUCUGUAGUAAAGGAUGAAAUCGCGAAAUUCAAGACACCUGUCAUAGUAAACACCACUGCUAAAAACCUAGACCUAAACAACGGAGCUGUGUCAAAAACCAUUCUACGGCAAGCUGGCAAGGAUAUUCAAAAGGAACUUAAACAGAAAUAUCCAGAUGGGUUAAGCGCUGGAGAAAUAGCAGUUACCAGCGGUUACAACAUGGACUGUAGCCAUGUUCUUCACGGAGCAGUUAUGAAUUGGGAUGGAAAAGGGAAAGCUAUCGAAGAAUUAAAGUCAUUCGUUAAAAAAUGCCUUCAAGAAACGGACAAGAGGAAGCUUACGGGCGUCGCAUUUCCCGCCAUAGGAACCGGUAACCUGGGGUAUCCCAGAGACAUUGUUGCUGAUGAAAUGUUCGACGCAGUUGCAGACUUCGCCAAUAACAAUCCUCAGAGUACAAUUACCAAGGUGGCUUUUAUUCUGUACCCGAAGGAUGUGGAAACUAUCAAGGCUUUUGAAGAAAAGAGAGAAUCAUUCUCAAAAGGGUUCAAGGGACAGAAGAAACGAGAGAGACAGUAUGAUGCAUACGAGAACCUGAGUCGACGGUCAUUCAUGAAAGCUUCCGUGGAGUUCGACUCCGAUGACAAAGAUACAUUGUAUAAGGAUUCGUCUGACCUGUACUUUUCUCCCCAUAAGGGAUUGCAAAAGGUGCGUGACCCAAAGCAUUGGCUUGAAGACGAAGAAAUAGAUCGCGCUUGCAAAUUGAUAAAGAAUAGUUAUCCUGAUCUCAAUGGAUUACAAGACGUGUGUGUAGUAACGAUCGGAGAAGGUGUUAAGGUCCCAAACCCGAUGCUGCAAAUUUUACAUUCUCAUAAGCAACAUUGGGUGGUUGCAUCCACAGUUGACUGCGCCGAUGGAGUGGUUAGGGUGUUUGAUAGUAUGAACAAGCAGAUAGACAAAGCUUGCCUAUAUAGGCUUUUGAAUAUGGUGAUAUAUGACGAUGACGAGGGUUUGAUAGUCGAACGUGCUCAAUUUCAAAAGCAGAAGAACAACGCCGACUGUGGUGUUUUUGCGAUUGCGGCUGCAUUUUCGCUCUCUGUUGGAAACAAUCCAUCUAAUCUUUGUUACGAUACAACAUUAAUGCGUCAGCAUUUGUUCGAUUGUCUUAAGGAUGAACACGUAUUGGAAUUUCCAUGCUACGAUAAGUCUGUCACAUUCAAACCUGGGGAAUCUUUUCGAGUGUUUCUUUGUAAAAUCUGCAAUUAUUUAUUGUUUGAAAGAAGGGAGUGUUCAAAGUGCGAUUCCAAUGAGGAAGCCGAACACAUAUAUGAGGAACUACCGGUAGCAACAUUCGCUGACUCUUAUUCGUUUGGGAGCAUUAAAGUUACAAUCAAGUCAGGCGAUAUCACUGGUGAGGAUGCUGAGUGUAUUGUUAACAGCUCAAAUGAAGAUUUGGAUUUCAAAAGAGGAAAGGUUUCGCAGGCAUUGAUGAAGAAGUGCGGAAAGGCACUUUUGGAUGAAGCAAACUCGAAAAAGGCUAACAUGAAGAAACAUGAGGUGGUGAUAACAAAAGCUCCAAAUUUGAAGUGCAGUAAUAUAAUGCAUGUUGUGGCCAAAGAGUCGCCACAGGACUGGAAACAGAUUGUCGUAAAGUGCUUAGAUCUUGCCAAGAAAGAGGGCUACAACAGCCUGGCGUUCCCUGCCUUAGGAACAGGUAUGAGUGCUGGUGUUGCAGCGGCAACUGCACAAGUAAUGGUUCAAGCGACUAAAGAAUUUGCAGCGGAUGGAUGUGGCCGCCUGACAGACGUUAGAUUUGUGAUUUUCCAAAAAGAGAUGGUUGACGUUUUUAAUGGUGCAGUUCGCAAAGCGAAAGGAGUACAGGUAUAUGGCGUAGGAUUGCCUCCACCCCCAAAGACUUCACCUGGUAUGUUUGGUAAGUUCAAUGGAGGAACGGACGCUGUGCUAUUCACACUGUGGGCCCUGGAACAGAAAAAUAUAUCAGCAGCAAUUGAUAAGCUAGAGAGAGGCAUAGAACGUGAAAUAUCCAAGAAAGAGUUUACAGACACCGUCAUUUCAAGGAUGGAUGAUAAACAGCUUAAGGAACUCAAAAAGAAAGCAGAAGAAAAUAAAGUCGAGUACAAAUUGAAAGAUGGAACUAUUCAGAUUGUUGGAGUUAUGCCAAAUGUGGUCAAAGUCACAGAUGAUAUAUACAACUGUUUACGAGAUGCUGUAAGGAUAGAACAAGAUCAGAAUGCCGCAAUGAUACUCAAGGAUGUCGUCCAGUGGUAUUGGAUAGAGCAGACCGAAAUGGAAGAUGAUCUUAAACCCUACAAAUCUAUGUUGAAUUACCAAAUAGAGCAGGCUUUUAAGGCACAGAAAGACAAGUUCACCUACAUCGAUCAGGGUGACACAGUCGUCGUAGACUUUAAAGACUAUACUGAGUAUUACGAGUCGAAACCUAGUGAAAAGGAUACCAUUCUUCGAAAAGAUUUGAUCAAAGAAUUUGGCGGAGAGGUUCCUGCCAACUGGAAAGCCAUGAAGGGGAAUUUACUGGUCUAUAAGAUGGUCCCCACUGACCAGGAGUACACGGAUAUUGCUGGGAAAUUCAGCGCUUCAAGUGGUGCAGGCUUCACCAUUCAUGCGAUCGAGAAAGUUCAAAACAAAUCACUAUGGCUACAGUAUGAGGCGAAAAAGAAACAGCUCGAGGGCCAAAACCCUCCAGGAACGAAAAACGAGCAAUUCCUGUGGCACGGUACAUCUGAAGACACCGUGGACAGUGUCAACGCACAUGGUUUUAACAGGAGCUACUGUGGAAAAAACGCGACGGCCUACGGAGAUGGUGUUUAUUUUGCAGUACAGGCAAGCUACUCAUGCUCUAAUACAUAUUCAAGACCAGGAACACAAGGAUUCAAACGAGUAUACUACUGCGCUGUCCUUACCGGUGUAUUUGACUUGGGAAAGGGAGGGAUGCGCGUUCCGCCGCCGAAUCCGAAAGGAGGAAAGAAUGCCCUAUUCGACUCGGUGGUUAACAACGUUGCCAAUCCGGGAAUGUAUAUAAUCUUCAACGACACCCAGGCCUACCCACUCUACAUUGUGACAUUUAAAUCACCGUAGAUGUAUUAUAAAACAGAGUUCUCGGAAAGACAUAUAUCUUAAACACUUGAACAGGUUUCAGUCAAUUGACGACAAUUAGACGAGUUCUUGGAAAGAGUCGUAGUGGCCACCGACUUGACAAUUCUCUGUACUUGUUGUUGCUGUUGAUUUUUUCUAUUUAAUCCAUUGUAUUGGUUUUUUCGUCAAACGUUGUUAAGCUUUAUUCUUUCAAUAAUUGAUGUCAAUUAAACCAUGGUGUGUUUAAACAGAUGCCAAUUAUAUUUAUGAGUGAUCCCUGCACACAUAUAAGAUGUUAUGUAUAACACACAUUUUUGUAAGCGACAUUCAAACCUAUUUGUUAUGUUUCUUCUUUUAUGUCUUUUAUACAGUGGAUAUAACAAAUGCAUGGCUCAACAAAGUGUUUUGAUUAUUUGUAUAUAUAUUUGUAGCGUUUCUGAAGAAUUUCUUCUAUAACCUAAUAAUCUAUUUACAUGUCUUGUUUUAUUAUCCUGUAAUUUAAGUCAUAAGUUGUAAUUGUGGAAUGUUGGUAUAAUUGGACUACAAUCAGCUCUUAAAAAACAAACGUUGAAAGUAAUUCAUGUGAUUUUGGUAAAAUGUACAUGUAUGUUCAUAUUAUCUUUACUAAUAUUUGAAAUCUUUGUUUAUUGAUUGUUUGUUAAAUAUUCACGCCAAAUAAAGAAUGGUAACAAGUAAUUUGUUAUAAAGCAAUAUUACCUAUUGGGACUUCCCUCGUUAUGUAUUGCCUCUAUACAAGAAUAUGUUACUAUGUCUUUAUUUGGUUAAUGAAGUCCCAUAUCAUGUAUGUAUUUGCCUAGAUGUUGUUUUCACCAUACACUGUCCAUCAAAUUAAAGAACAUACGCCUGGGUCUGUCUUGCAGACGCGCAUACAAGAGGUCAAUUACACCCGCAGAAAUGUUUAUUAUCUUUAGUGAAUUAAAAUCUGUUUUCAAAAAAAAAACUAGUCAAAUAUUUUGAAAUAAUUUUUUUUAAGAUUUUUUUAAUUAGUCAUCUUUAUCUUGAAAACAAUAUUUUGAGCUUGCAAUAUUACAACAAUUGUCAUAAUCAUGGAAUGGUAGUAAAAAGUGUGAGUGAUUUCAUAGUAUGUGAAUGUGUCAUUUUUGUUUUUUAAGAAAUACUUAAGAUUGUUAAUUUGAAUAAAACCCCCAAAUAUUAAGGCUUGGAAAAGCGCAUAUAAUUGAUUUAUUUUCGCAGUUUUGUUAGAGUUAGUGUGCGAUUGGAAAUUCGUCAUUCGUCGCACAACUAUGUACGAUAUUUGAAUACGUUCGUUUAAUUAAAUUACGAUAAUAAUAAAUGUAGCCUACAUUUAGAGAGUAACAGUAACGAAAUGAACGAAUACAGCUUUUUUUAGAUGCUACAUAUGAUUUGGUUUCUGUAUAAUGACUUUCUUAAAUGGUAUCGAUAAACCAAUGAACUGGUAACGAAAUUUUCACUCAGUUCUUUCAGCAUUUUAGCUGAGUACAAUAAUUGAAAAGCGUACGCAAUAUAGAACGCUCAGGAAUGUCAGUUUAAGACUAGAUGAGAGUAACUAAUCUUACUUGCAAAAUAAUUGCAGAAUUGUCUAGACUGACAUAUAAGGCUGUUAAUUUUUAAAUACAUAUUAUAGGUUAGUCUUCUGAAAUUAUUAACCCUUUAGCACAUAGACAAGUGGCCAGAUUACACCUCCCAGUCAAUAGCCAUCUUACUGAUAAGCAGUCCUUAUAUCUGUAUAGGUACUUUUCAGGAUAUUUGAAAAUAAGCAAAUGAAUACAGCAGUAUGACCUUAAAAUCAAUAUUACUCCAAAUAAUUGUUUCCAAAUCUUUUUUAUGUGAAUACAUUUUUUAUAGAUAAUUAAAUUAUCUAAUAAAUGGUGUCAAUGAUGAAAUAUUAAAUUAUUUUAUUUCAUCUGUGAAUGUAUUUCCAAGACGGAAUUGUAACAUUUCUUUGAAAUGUCAUAAUUGCAUUAAAUCAAAGGGUAAUAAAAUGCUGGGAUCGAUCUAAAUUUUAUUACCCCUAUCAUAAAAAAGACCCAUCUGGAUUAAAAAGCCGACAAUUGAUGUUCUUGUGUAUAAUACACAGAAAUGUGGCAGGAAUAUCCGGUGUCAUCCAGCUGAGAGAUGCAGUCCAGAGUGUCUGUUUAACUUUAUUACCCCCAAAUAAAAUUCUUUACAAAAAGAAAGCCGAUAAAUGUUUUCCAAGUAAUGAAUAAAAAGAUCUUGAUCAUCAAAGGCUUGCACAAAUGUUGUUUACUUGACCUUUUUUACGACCGGAACCAUGCUGGCCAUCGAUUAGCUCAGCAGAAAAUUUACUCAUCAUUUUCUCAGCUACUUAUUGUCUCUAUUGUUUGUAACACAAACUAUUAUCUACAGAUAAUUAUAAUCUUCAUUUAUUUUAAUGGUAAAUUAAACUGACAUAAUAUAUUCAAUGAUUUACGCAUCAAUGUUUUUGGGGAAAUUCCAUACUGUAUAGUACUGCCAAUCCUCGAGGUUUUAUUACGUCACAGUGGGAUCUCACACCUGUGAUUGGCAGUAUAAAUAAUAACCUUCAAGUUUUAGCAGACGACAUUUUCGAGGGCAAAUCAAUACACAAAAGGUUAAGCUUUAGCUUUAUAAACAUCCGGGAUAUUGUUUACAAAAAGAAAGAUGCAAAAUUGAAGUAUUGAAAUGACCCUAUUGAAAUAUGCGGGAGAUGCGUAUACAUCCAGAAGUGGAUAGGGUAAGCCAGAUGCGUUUACAUCUGCUAAUGAGCUAUAUUGAAAAAAUGAGUGAACGAUUCAUGCUAUGAUAAAAUGGUCCAAUAGUAGGUACUCACAGACUGCAACAUAACGCGUUGACCGUUUGUAUCUCUUUGCAUUUGUUAUCAUUUGUGAUGCUAACAAACAUCAAUUGACAUAAUUAUACAGCAAACUAACGAAAACACUACAUUUAAAGUAUAACACUGUAAGACUAAGACCAUCAAUUAAAUGGAACACUAGAUUCCUGUGAAAAUAAUUAUAAGUAAAGACGAUCCCAUAUGUCAGUUAAAGAGUACGUUUAUUGUCUAACUUCUAUCGAGGCAUACAAUUUUUCUUUUAUAAGUAUUUUCAUUGUGCAUUAAAUUCGCAUGUAUGGUGCAUUAGCUUAAUGAGAUGUGGUGUAUUAAUUUCGUGAACUACCGUGUAUUUGAUCAGUGAUAUGGUGUGUAUUAUUUUGACGAUAAACACAUGUGCUGUGUAAGUUUCGUGAUAUGUGAAGUAGCAAUUUAAAGAUAUGUAAUGUAUUAGAUGGAUACAUGCUAUGUGAUAUUAUUUCAAUGAUAUAGAGUGCAUUAAACAAAUAAGAUCAAUCAAGAUAUAAAGACAACAAACUGUAACCACUGAUUAUGAAAGCAUUGGCCUAACCAUGAUAAUUUUAUAUAGUAUUUUGUGAAAAGUGUUUGUUGAUUUGAAUGUUUUAUAGUGUUACAUUGCAAACGCUUAUUCACAUAUUGUGCGGGACAUAUGCAGCAGCUAUAUAUGAUGAACAGAAAUACUCUGGACACAUGAAGGAUACGGUGUGUUUCUGUUCAUGCAUGUUUGUAUAUGUUCAGAGCAUGCUGUUAAAAGUGCUUCGAAUAUAAAACAUGCAUAUCAUGUAAAUGUGUGUUGUGUAAACAAUAUGAAUAUUAAGGAUAAUAAACGUUAUCAUUUAGA